AGGGAGAUGGCCGCCUUCCGUCGUGGUCUCAGACGGUUCCGCCACGCCGAUGUACCGGGUAAAGCCUUAUCACGGGCGCGGCGCGCCUCUCCAUGUGGAGCUUCCUACCCGCAGGUACCGGCUCCCCGACGUGCAAGCCAGGAGCGGCAGCCCAGUGGCCGGCGUUGGCCACCUGCAGGUGGCAUCCAAAGAAAGGCCCGAAUGGUGCGUCGUCAUAGCCGGAAACAGUCAGAGCCACCAGCCAAUGAUCUUUUCAAUGCUGUGAAAGCCACCAAAAGUGACAUGCAGUCUUUGGUAGAUGAGUGGCUGGAUAGCUACAAGCAAGACCAGGAUGCCGGAUUUCUGGAGCUUGUUAACUUUUUCAUCUGAUCUUUUGGAUGUAAAGGCACUGUGAGCCCUGAGAUGUUCAAGAAGAUGUCCAACUCAGAGAUCAUCCAGCACCUGACAGAGCAAUUUAAUAAGGUGGAAGAAGACGACCAGGAUCUACCCCUCUUAUUUCAAAACACAAUGCCUAUUAUCCCCUUCUUUUUGAUUCUGUGAAAUAGGGUAGCUUUUAGAAGGAGGAAUUCAGCCUCUUGGGGGUAAAAGAGAGCUGAAUAUGCCUCUCAAAUUGGGGAGAAUACCAGGAAAUGAGGUAUAACAGAGAUAUUUUUACUAGACUGUUGGGUUUUGACAUCCAAGCCCCUAUGACUUCAUGGACCUGGUCAUAACUUU